UUCUAUCUUGUCAUUUGAAGGUUAAAAGUUGCUUGUAGUGAACGUGUGCAUGCUAAAAUUUAACAAUAUUUUUUGUUAUAUUAUACAUUCUAAGUAAUCAAAAACCAAAACUAUGCCUGCAGCAGAUGAAGUGAAAUCUAGUUGGGCAGAUGAGGUGGAAUUGGAAGGCGGCGCCUUACCAGCCUCGACAGAGGUUUAUGAGAAUGGUUACAAGAUUGUGACAGAUUAUAGUUACAAUGACGACGAUAAGAAAAUUAAAAUCGUUCGCACUUACAAAAUCGAGACACGUAAAGUUUCCAAAUCGAUAGCUGUACGCAAAACUUGGAAAAAAUUCGGAGAGUCUGCUAAUGAUAAGCCUGGGCCAAACCCACAUACAACCAUUGUUGCAGAAGAUGUUUAUAUGCAGUUCAUCACCAGCAAGGAGGAGGAUAAUAAACAGGAAGAUGAAGGACUUGAUAAGUUGAAAGCCAUGGGUGACAAGAAUGUUGUCAAAUGCCGAACUUGUAACGGAGACCAUUGGACUUCCAAGUGUCCUUGGAAAGACACCAUGUUGGCUGGUGGUAAAGUACCUGACGAUAAAAAAGCCCCAGCUCCCGGCGGAGGCCCCACAGGAUUACCCAGUGGCGAGGCCAACAAACCUGGCGGUUCAAAAUAUGUCCCUCCAAGUUUGAGAGACGGCGCUGUCAAGAGAACUGAUGGUCCCAACAUGGGUAGAAGAGACGAUAAUUAUGCUGCCAUCAGAAUAGCUAAUCUCAGCGACUCUACCACGGAAACAGACUUGGAGGAGCUCGUAAAACCUUUUGGACCCAUUCAGAAGCUCUAUCUGGCGAAAGAUAAGCAGACAGGCCUGUGCAAAGGCUUCGCUUACAUCCACUUCAAGUUUAGGAACGAUGCAGCCAAGGCCAUUCCCAUGCUCAAUGGACACGGUUAUGAUCAUCUCAUUCUCACCGUUGAUUGGUCUAAGCCUUUGCCAAAUUCGAAUCAGUAAUUUUUCUGUGAUGUAAAAUGACGCAGGGGACGAAUAAAGUGUAUAAUGAAAACAUCUAGCUGUUGAGUUUGUUUUUCUGGUGGUCGACUUCGGAAGCCUUAGUCUUAAAAACUCUACUUUCUAUAAAAAAAAAUAAAUUAAGGAAAAUUAAUAUCCUAACAUCUUUGAGUAUGUUAUUUUUUAUUAGGAAAUUAUGAUUUUUUAGAUAUUGAUCUUUUUGUUUUUAUGUAACUAGUUAUUGUGGACGAUUUUGUCAGUUGAAAUUUUCAUUGAAGAUCUCAUUCUGUGAACAUUCAUUGGUAAUUUUCGAUCCCUUCCAGGGAUUAUCCGUCUUCCUGUAAAGAACUGGUUAACUGAGAUUAAAACAAUGUUUGGAUUCCUUCACAAGAGAAGGAACUUGGGACGAAAGUUGAACCACUAAAGUGCUUGAAGUGCAAAGAAAUUAGGAAAUGCACAAAAUUCCCAUUAAUGAAUGUUUUCCUAAAUUUGAGGGAUUUCAUUGAACAAACAUAAUUAGGAACACAAUUAAUGUUCCAUCAACUUUUCCCAGUAGUGUUUACACAUGAAUAUGCAGCAGGCAAUGAUAUUUUUUGUUAUAAUCUCUAUGAAUGAUUAAUAAAUUUUUAUCACUUACAGUGGACAUUAUGAGGCAUAUUGCAGACAAAACAUUUUUUUCGCUUCCGGCAGUCUGACUUGUCUAUUAGUUUCAAGUCUCCCGAAAAGACUGCAGCAUAAUGAGCCUGAUCAUUUCUUUCAUAACAUCCAUUUUAGAAAUCUUGUUCCCUGUUCAGGUCUCUUGGGUUGUUCAUAUAUUGUUUGCCUCUUGUGAUCCAAAGUCUCACAUUCACAGCUCUAUUUUGUUCAGGCGUCCCCUUGAUGUGAGUACCCCUAUAAUUUUUCUGAGCCGAUCCCCGUUAUGUAUGAGCAGUUCUUUGGUUCUCUUCUAGCACAGCCCCUUUUAUGAAGGAUUUCUCAUGUCUUUUUCCAGUACUAUAUGUUUCUUAUAGACACGUUUCCAAUCUUGUUCUGUACCAAUGAUGUUGGUACCAAACCAGCUGAUUCAUGGCCUAUAUAUGGAGUUGAGGAUCCGUAUCUGGCUUUUUCGUAGACACCCGUACACGGGCAAGUGACAAAAAUAUAAUGCUUCAUGAGUAUCAUCUCAAUUUUGCCAAAAUUCACUCUUCAUUUGUAAAGGUGCUGCUUAUCCGAAACUUUACCAUUCAUGAUGUAACUCUAAACUAAAUAAUGAAUAGUGGUCCUUGAAUAUGUCAAUGACUGAUGUAGUUUAGUAUUCAUCAUACCCUAGGAAGGUAUUGUAUGACGCUGCCGUUUAGUGAAAUCAAUUUUUAUCAAGUAUUUAACACGGCUUUUCAUCUAAAAUUAGCCAAGUUAAUCUUUGGGUUACAAUUCUGAGGUUUCCCAAGUCGACCAACAAAGUCACGGACAGUGAACAUUUUGAAUAAAGAAAUGUGAAUAAA